GGCCAUUAUACGGUAUCAAGGAACCUCGCGAUGAUGCUCAAGUGAAAACUGGGCGGACCCCCGAUCUACAGUUCUCGACUCUCCAGGGCUCUUAGGAGCAAUGCAGAUCUCCUCAGAUCUAAACGGCACUUGCCGCUCCAAUCAGCUCGUAGCAUUGCCCCUACUGCAUGAUGGCCGUGCGCCCGUCGUCAUGCAUCGGGCAUAGAGAUCUUAGCUAUUCUGUGCUGUGAAGAGGUGCACGAGUGCCGAAAUUCUGGAGCCAAUGCCUGCCGCAAUGGCUAGUCGUCGACAACCAUCGCCAGUUGCAUCUCGACAUGCCACGUCUCCUGCGCCAGGCCGCACGUGUCGCUGCACCCCUACGACCUGCCACCAGUAGUCGGCUUGGCCUCGAAUGUUUUUCUCUGAACGCGACCGACUCCUCGGGCCCGCAACGCGAUUUGUCCAGUCCAUCUGGCAGUGAACUAUCCUCGCCGCCAUACAGUCCAGUCAGCGAGGAUGACGUCCCAUCUCGAAAGCGAAAGCGCACGACGGCCGUCAUCAAGACCGAAGUGACGGAAACUAGGCGGUCGCCGCGCAAGGCUCCCAAGGUCGAAUCAUCAUCAACGCCUGCACGCAAACCCAGGCGACAGCCUGCUAAGCAAAUCAAGAGUGAAGAUGGAAACAUUAUUGUCGAACCGCCGGCGGGGUGGGAGGAGAUGUACAGCGUCACAACCGAGUUACGCAAACGGCACCUAGCACCUGUCGAUACAAUGGGGUGCGAGUCUCUCGCAGAAGACCAUCGUCCACCGCUCGAACGACGUCUCCAAACACUCGUGGCCCUGAUGCUAUCCAGUCAAACCAAGGAUACCGUCACUGCUGUGGCUAUGAAAAACCUCCAGCAGAAUCUCCCAGGCGGGUUCACACUCUCAUCACUCCUCGCUAUCGACCAGGAGGACCUCAACCAGCUCAUAUCCAAAGUCGGCUUCCACAACAACAAGGCCCGCUUCAUUAAGCAGACCGCCGCGAUACUACAAGAGCGAUUCGCCGGCGACAUCCCCGAUACCAUCGAAGGGUUAACAUCUCUUCCCGGCGUGGGCCCCAAAAUGGCCUAUCUCACCAUGUCCGCCGCAUGGGGCCGCGACGAGGGCAUCGGCGUCGACGUACACGUCCAUCGCAUCACGAACCUCUGGGGCUGGCACAAGACCAGCACGCCGGAGCAGACGCGGGCCGCCCUCGAGGCCUGGCUGCCACGGGAGAAAUGGCACGACAUCAACCAUCUCCUCGUCGGCCUCGGCCAGACGAUCUGUCUCCCGAUCGGCCGUCGCUGCGGAGAAUGCGAUCUCAGCGAGCGAAAGCUGUGUCCGAGUGCAGUCGCGGGAAGUCCGGCGAAACGCAAGGUCAAGCGGGAGAUCAAGGUCGAGAUCAAGGAAGAGCCGGCGGGCGAUGACAAUGUCGCUCCUGUGGCGGCGCUGGAAGCCACUCAGGAAACGGACGACGUUGCAUCCGUGGUGCAGAUCAAGUCGGAGGAUCUCGGCGAGGUGGAACGGGUCGAGACCGCUGCGAGUGCCGGGCGCAUCCCUGACAUUGAAGGAUUGGGUGCCGGGAGAGCGCGCCGGCUCGCGAAAGCAGUCUCGUCGUUGUGAUCGUUAUGUAAAAGUAGAACAUCGCCUUCUAAAUUGUACAUUGUUCGU